AUGGGCCAAAAGCACACAUGCCAUUAUGAUCUUUCGCAUAUCGCACAUGUUUCGGUACAGACAAAACCUGACUAUAAGGACAAAAGCAAGAGCCGCAGUCUUGAAGGUUUUGUUCUUGAUCCUUAUGCGUUCGUCAAUCACAUUCUGUUGUUAUGUGCUGUCAUUGCCUAUCCAGAAUUGACAAAAUCCGGACCAUUGCUAGAUUAUUUUGUGAAUGAAUAUUGUCAUCGAAUGUCAAAUCACAAAAAACUAAUGGAUAAGAAACAUCAGCAAGAACUGCCAUUUGAAAUUGAAUGGAUAUGGCAUGUACAUCGAUUACAUCCAAUUACCUAUCAGCGUGAUUUACAAACAAAUCAGAUUUCUAAUAUGGAUGUGUAUGAGAAAAAAAAAGUUAAACAUGAUGGUUGUGGCUCGUGUCCAAGAAUGGCAAUCGAUUACCACAAAAGGGUAAAAGGAACAAUAACGUUUCGUUCAUCGAUCGAUUUAGUUCACGCUGUUGAACGUCAACAAGAUUUUCUAGCGAAAUUUUCUCGUCAUUAUUUAUACACAUGUAAUUUAAAAUCUGAUGUAAACUUAAAAGAAAAGUUCGUGCAACUCGUACAAACAUAUGUUUCAUUUAUGAAAUUAGCCGACAAGAAUCAAAUAAUUGUUCCAACGUUUGAUAUUGACUUGAUAUGGCAUACACAUAUGCGAAAUCCACUUCAAUAUCGUGCCGCAUGUAUGCAACUAUGUGGUUUCGUAUUAAAUCAUGAUGAUGAUACUUCCAGUGAAACACUAAAUGGAGCAUAUGAGAAAACAGCUGAAAAAUGGAAAAAGACGUAUAACACUGAAUAUGGAUAUAGUUGUGAUAAACAACUAGUGCAAGAGAAAUUGGAGAGUGGUGCAGGCUGUGCUUUAAUUGUACCUACAUUGUUCAUAUCCGUAGCCAGUAGAGGAGGAGAUGGAUAUGACGCUGCAUGGGGAGGUGGCGGCGGUGCAUGUAGUGGCGGUGGAUGUAGUGCCGGUGGAUGUGGUAGCGGAUGUUGA